GGCACGCAACAUGGCGGUACCUGUAAGUGGUAAUGGGGUGCAGUUAGCUAACUUGCCAUAGUUACGCAAGUAAAAAUAGAUAUUUAUUGAAAGGACUUUCAUGUGAAAACAUGGGUUUUGUAAGGCACGUCGUGUGCGCCAUGUCCGGCGGUGUGGACAGCUCUGUCGCUGCUUUGUUACUGAAGAAAAGGGGCUUUAGGGUGACAGGGGUUUUUAUGAAGAACUGGGACUCUCUGGAUGAGAGAGGGGUGUGUACUACAGAGAAGGACUGUGAGGACGCCUACAGAGUGUGUCAGACCCUGGACAUCCCAUUCCAUCAAGUGUCCUAUGUCAAAGAGUACUGGCAUGAAGUUUUCAGUAAUCUGUUGAAGGAGUAUCAGAGGGGCAGGACACCAAACCCAGAUAUAUUAUGCAACAAGCACAUCAAGUUCAACCAUUUCCACAAGUAUGCCAUCAACACUCUGGGUGCUGAUGCCAUGGCAACAGGCCACUACGCCAGGACGUCGCAAGAAGACGAAGAAGUUUUCCAGCAGAAGCACACAGCUCCGCCUACCACCCUCUUCAGAGAUCGUUUUGACAUCAGGAAUCCGGUGAGGUUGUACAAAGGAGCUGAUCUCUUCAAAGACCAAACCUUCUUCCUCAGUCAGAUCUCUCAGGAAGCCCUGCGACAAACCAUGUUCCCACUCGCUGGACUCACCAAAGAGUUUGUCAGAAAGAUUGCAGCUGAAGCAGGGCUUCAUCAUGUUGUCAAGAAGAAAGAGAGCAUGGGCAUUUGCUUCAUCGGAGAGAGAAACUUUGAAAACUUCAUUUUGGAGUAUUUAGAGCCUAAACCAGGGAACUUGGUCUCCAUUGAGGACGGGACAGUAAUGGGAACACACAAAGGCUGGUUCACUCUGACGCUGGGCCAGAGGGCGAGGAUAGGAGGGCAGAGAGACGCCUGGUUUGUGGUGGACAAAGACAUUUCAACAGGAGAUGUGUUUGUGGCUCCGACGACCAAUCACCCAGCUCUUUUCCGGGACACGGUGCGGACGGACCGCUUCCACUGGCUCACGGUGGACCCGCCUCCUGAACUAGCCAGGACCCAGAUGAUGGAGUGUCACUUCCGCUUCAUCCACCAGAUGCCGCUCAUUCCCUGCACAGUAACUCUGAACAUGGACGGCUCUGUAUGGAUCUCGCUCCCACAGCCAGUCAGAGCUCUGACACCUGGACAGUUUGCUGUGCUCUACAAAGGGGACGAGUGUCUGGGCAGUGGGAAGAUCAUCCAGCUGGGGCCCAAUGAACACACACUCCAGCGAGGCCGAGAACGGUUGACAGCCGCCGCGAAGCAUAAGGAGCAGCCGACCCCCAAACCAGCCAGCUGAGAUGAGCCCAGCCGUGGUGGGAACGCAGUCUGUCAGCUACAUUAGGUAGAUCAAACUUGUUCAUGAAAAAAGGGCUUUCUGACCUAAUGCCUCUCCUGGAGGCCAUAUUCGAGGUGCCUGUGAAUGGUUGAUGGUGUUUUUAAAUGCUACAUCUCAGCAGUAUUGCAGACACAAACACAUUGGCCACACAUUUGUCUGAUUACUGCUCAGAUAAAUCGUCCUCCUCCAAGCCAAAAUGUGCUUUGGAGUAAAAACUGGAGCUAAAAUAAUAGAGUUUUAACCAAGUAACAGCUUCCCCAUUAAAAAAAUAUAUCAAGUUCCAAUCCAAUUAUUCACUUUAAUUCUAACAUCACCAUCAUCACAGGACUGUCGUCAGACACAGUGUGUAUGUUUCAGCUCUUCCUAUACACAGGUUGCUAUUAUUUAUACUCAGGUUAUUGACCUUUGAGCUUCCACGAUAGCAGCAGUUUACUGUUUUUUAUUGACUGUGCAUUACAAAGAACAUAUGCUCCUCAAAAUAAGUUUACUUCAGGUGAAGAGAUACUGUUGAAUAAUAAUGGAAUCAAUCUCGUUUAUGUAUUUAAGAAGAAAAUACUCUUUGCCGGAUGUGUUUUCAAAAAUAAUUUCCAUGCAAGAAAUACUGAAGGAUAAUUGUCGUUAUCCUGCUGCUACUUGGAGAUUAUCUGUGUCUGAGCAGAUCUUCCUGUUAUGACCUGGGGUGUGUGAAAACGUUUUAGAGGACAGUGGAUGGUCUGAGUGCUUCAGGGUUCUGGUGGGAUCUGAUUGUCAUUCUCUCGUUUAUUUGAAAUCGGAUUCAGAUUUCUCUUCCCUACGUUACGUCUUUUCCUACUGUCUCUCGUGUUCAUGCUGCGUCUGUGCCAAAGAUGCAAACCUCUGCAUCUAAUAACAUUUUUUUAAUAUAUGCGUUAUGACAUCUGACCUCCAGCUGUGUCGGGUUCUAGUUCUCGUGUUUGAUGUUGACAUUGGUGAUCAGUGUUAGACUCUGCUUGGUUCUUUGAAUCAUCGUCACAAGAAGACCAUUUGUGUUUUCUCCUCUAAGGGAAAUUUUAAAAUGAUGGUAAAUAUAGGAGAAAUUACUUCCUAAAAACAUGUCAAGUUAACAAACAAUGGCCACAGAAUGUGAUACCAAAAAAUUAAAAAAAAAACAUUUAAAUUAUUCUAAAUUACUGAAAAAAAAAACAAUGAAAUUGUUAAACUUGUUAUUACUCAGCUGUUUUACAAUGCAUAUUGACUCCUUUUGAAAUAUAAAAUUUCAAGUGCCUUUUCACGGGUGGCGUUGUUGUUGUGGAACAUGAAUUCUUCCUAAACUACAAACUGUAAAUACCUGAACAUUUGGGAACGAUUUAAUAAAUCUAAUAAGUGGUUACUUGUUUUCAUUCGGAUG